AUGACGUCCUCAACAGAACUGCCGCGCCAGGCAGGAGUCGGCGAAAACAUUCCAGUACUGAGUCACACGGGGCAAGCAGAGCCGGAGCCCGCAGGCUCCCCCGCACAAAAGCGGACGCGCGGGGAUGAGCACCCCAACCCCGGAGCAGCCACCAUAGAUGCCAUGAGGGAGCUGCUCCGCCAAAACAACGCAGAGCUCAAGGCCGAGAUCACCCAAGCAGUGGGGCAAAGGGUAGAGCUGGUGGAGAAAACCGUCACGUCCCAGCUCAUGGACACGGUGCGUAUGCUGCAGAACAUCACCGCCACACAAGAUGAGCAGGGCGGGGCGAUCAAGGAGCUCCGGGGCGGACACCAAAGCCUUGCUAGCCGCCUCAGUGCACUCGAGCUGCGGUCCAGCAGCGGGGCGGGAUCCAGCUGGGGGUCCACCACAGCAGACGAAUCCGAGAAGCGCAAACCCGCCAUGAUAAUGGGCGGGUGGCAUGAAGACCAACAUGCGGAGCAGACAUCGGCGGCAGCAAAGCAGAUGGUUACCGACCUUCGCAUCGACCUGGACGUCGACGCUGCCUUCUGCCCGGGGGUUCGCAGAGGCUUCGUGAUCAUCCCCUACGAGCCACGGAAUGGGGAGUCGGAGCAGCAGCUCCGUGACCGCCUGCGCGGGGCGACACAAAGAGUCCUUGAAGCGAACAUCGAGUUGGGCAAGCGAGAAGACGGAACUACACGGCGACUUUGGCUACAUCUCUCGCAAAGCCCAGAGAAAAGGCGACGCGCCAUGGUGGCAUCCAAAACAAAGCGCCUGCUACUCGAGAACGGGGCGCCGCAUGGGGCGACCAACGCAGGCACCAUGGGGGCAUGGAUCCACAUGGGACAGAUUGCCCGCCUUCUGGGAGCCUCGGCCGACGACUCUGAGUUUCACGACGGCAAGCAAGACGGUCGCCACAUCACAGCCGCGACAUGGAACGUCGGGGGGCUGGACAUCUUAAGAUGUGCCCAACUGCUCGACGACAUGGCGGGGCAGACAGCAUUGCGGCCUACAGGGAUACUGCUUCUCCAAGAGAUAGUGGUGCCCGACCCUGGAAUUCAAUACCACGUCACCAUCUAUGGCAAGCUGGAGAACGACUGGAGGGGAGAAGGCAUUGCAUACGAAGGGGACCUCGGCAAUCACGAGAGAUCCUGCUGUAUGCCGGGGGCGAUAGCCACCACAGUAAAGCUACACGAGGGGCAGCGACUUGGACUUCUCAGUGGACACAUCCCACACCACGCCACAAUCCAGCAGGUGGACAACAUGGUUCAUGGAUGGUCCGAGGCCCACUGGCAGGGCAACGCACUUCUGCAAUGGGCGGUGGAGCAGGACCUCUACUUCCCGGAGCCAGCGCUACAAGACCCGAGCCACUUCCCGUACAACCCGGGGCACAAACCCAGAUCCAUCGACUACCUGCUCCUGCGAGGCUCCGGGGCCAGUGGAGGGCGAGUGGCGCAAGCACGGGACAUGGCCAUCAGCGACCACGAACCGGUCCUGGCGGAACUGCUGCUCCCGCGCCAAGGCCGCAGACCCCCGCCACGCCAAGUCACCUGCGGUGUGAAGCAGUUGUUGCACCCAGAAGAUGUGGAACGCGAGCUCCUCCAACCACCGCGCCAGAAAGACCCAUACCGAGUCAUUGUCGACAAGGCCCAGCAGAUCCAGAACCCGACCUACAGGGCGAGACAAGGCUACAAGGAGAGCGCAGAACUCAAGGCAGCCAGACGCCGCGCACACAACAGCCGACCAGGGCAAGAUCGGCUAGCAGAAGAAGCCAGCCAACUCAACUGGCACGCGAUCUUCAACGCACAGAAACCCGGGCCCGCAGACCACAUCAACGCCAUCCGGGGCGAACUCACCAGAGUCUGCAAAAGAACUCCGUGGAAACCCUUUACCAGAGACGAGUUGGAGACCACGGCCGAGAAAUGGAAGCCGAGAAAAAGCACAGGCAUCGACGGGGUAGGCUACGAAAGUUUCAAGGCAAUGCUGCGGGAACCUCAGUGGGCGCACUACAUCCUAUCCCUCAUCAACGACUGCUUCUACAAGGCCAACGUCCCAGAAACAGUGGGGCGAGGAGCAACCGUCCUAUUGCCCAAAGAACAAAUGCCCAAGUCUUGGGCAGAGACCAGGCCCAUAACGCUGAGCAACACCUUGUUGCGCUGGAUCGCUCAGCUACUUCUGCUCAGAUGCCAGCCCUACCUGGACCUCCACUGCUACUACCAGUACUGCUCCACGGGGCGACAAGCUCAAGAACUCAUUUUGGCUCUUCGUCGCCUGAUGCGCAUGGCAAAAGACUGGGGCGUGAAGCUAUGGAUCGUGAAAGUAGACGUACGCAAGGCAUUCGACAGCAUAGCCCAAGACGCGCUUGCAGUCAUGGUUCGGGACGCUGUUGCCAAGCGGGGCGGGCUAGUCUGGGAGAGCAGACUAUGGCUGGAGAUCCUGGAGGCCAAGGUCAUCGACGUCUACGUCGGCAAGUCCCUCGUCUCCGUCACACAAAGCAACGGGGUGCGCCAAGGCAGCCCGGACUCGGCAGUGCUAUACUCGGCCUCCGUCGGGGAAACUCUACAAGAGCUCCACGAUACAGUCCCCCUGGGGAAAUCGGGGCGGCCAGACCUGCCUGCAUGCCCCUCGCAAGGGGCGGGCUACAUGGACGACACGUACCUGUGGUCUGAAGAUGCCAAGGCCAUGCAACGAUCCAUCACACACCUGGAGGACAAGCUUGGGGGCAGGGGCAAUGUCGUGAACGUGAUAAAGACGCAAAUCUUAUGCAGCCAGCCCGACGACACCGAGUUCACCAUUGGCGGCCAGAAAGUAAAGCCGGGGGGGGGUCGAAGACAUCAUGACAGCGCUCGGCUCCCCGCUCACGUUCGAGAAAAGCGGGGUGACAGCACUCACAGCCGACCUGCAGGCCAGAGGUCGGAGAGCGUUCCAUGCUCACAGGAGAUUACUGUGCGCCAAAACGCCACUGGAACCCAGGAUCAAGCUUCUGACCACCCUGGUGCGGAGCUCUGCGACCUGGGGGUGCGCCACCUGGCCGAACAACACAGCGCUGCUACGAGCAGCCAACAGCUGCCAACUCAGCUGUAUCAGAGCUAUGCUCGGGGCGAAGAGACGCGCCACAGAGGCUUGGGCCGCCUGGCAAGUUCGCACUAUGCGAGCGGCAGAUCUGGAAGCUACAUGGACAUACAGCCAGACACCCGGGCCCUACGCGAGACCUACUACUGUGGCGCAACCUCAAGUGGUGGAAAGAAGUCGCAGAACCCACAGGACGUGGAGCGGAGCAUCGCCAAGAUCGGCACCUACAACUGGAUCGAGGUGGCACAGAACCGUGAUCAGUGGAUGGCGCUCCAGGCCGACUUUGUGGCGGAGUUUGAUCUGCCCUGGGCCAGCGGGAGACAGCCCGCCAUCGCCAACCUCACCCAGAUACCCAACUUCCGACCAGUACGGCAAUCUCAGCUCACCUCCAGCGGGGCAAGCGGGCGAAUGAACCCCGGCGCGACAGGGGCGACUGCCAGCACGACCCUGAGCCUUCCCAGCAGUGCAUGA